ACGGAUACAUUAGCAACUCGCUGCAGGGCGCCGUCCGUCCGGCAUGCCUUGUUUACGGCGGGUAGGGAAUACAGAGUCACGGUCCAAGUUGAAGGCUUUAGAAUAAACCCCCAUCCCAGCCUGAAGAAAAUUUUUCCAAUGGAUGAAGAUGCUAUUCCCCCAAUUCCUGUCUGUAGUGCACCACCCCCACCUCUCCUCCCCCUUUCCUCCAUCACCCCCAGCUGUGUAAGUGAUGGACAAUCUAGACACAGAAGGAGUGGUCGCAUUCAAGAGAUCAGAGCCAGAACUCCGAGAAAGCAGGAUUACACAGACAUCCAAGCUGCUCAGAAACGGUCUGAACCGAAUCCGUCCCCAACAAAGAGGCAAAGGGAGAUCUCAGAUAUGGUGCAAGCAUCACGGUCAAAGCUACAGAGAGCUGGAAGAACACGUAUACACAAGAAACCAAGCAAGGUUGGAUUCUCUAUCAGUUUUACUGCAGAGCACCAACAUGAGCUGAAGAACUCAAAAAGCCCAGACAAUGAGACUGAUGUCUUUCCUCUGGAGGAUGAACCUACGCUGGAAAACCCUGAUGCUACUAAACCCGACAUUGACGCAUGUGGAGAUUUACCUGGUAGUGAAGACACAUCCGUCUCAAAGGGAUGGGUAAUCGGCCCAUUCUUUCAGUCACUAAAAUCAAAGAUGGCCAGCUUCACUGAGAUAGUCAUGACUCCUGUUAAACUCUUCAGAGCUAACAGUCCUUCACUGAUCAUGGAUAAGGAGCUUGAGGCCAGUGGAGCAGGUGAUGUUGGUGAUUCAGAGCAAAGCAAUAAAUAUCAUUCAGAAGCACAAAUUCAAACCAGCCACCAAAGCCUCAUUGACUCUGCAGAAACAAAAAGUGCUAAAAGACUAUUUGAUGGUUCAGUAUGCAGGACUGAACGGGAUUUUGAAUGUGCAAUAAGCGAGAAAGAUAAAAACGUACCUGAUGCAGUUCAUUUGGUACAUGGUUCAUUUGAUUCCUUAGCCUGCGUUGCUUUUGAACAAGUUGGCAAACGUUCUGGCUCCUCUGUCCCGUUUCAGCCUUCAGCCAAAGUCUGUGACUCAAAUGAGUCAAACUCAAAUGUUUACACUGCUGUGGAGGACCGUGAAGGUGAUCUGUCCUGUGUAAAACCACUCAUCAGACAAGAUACAGGAAAUGGAUAUGAACCAGUGAAAACUGAAUCUGAAGACAGAAAUCGACUGAUUAAACUUCAGCAUGACAGUGAAGAAGCAGCUAAUGCAGAAAGUUGCAGCUUAGUUCGACAAAGCCUCAGCGCAAAUAAAAGCCCACUGAAGCCUUCUUUGGAUGCAGAGCAGAUGGAGUGCCAACAAAUCUCUGAGAUGUGUUCAGUGUCAAAGCUUGUACAAGCAAAGAGGGGGCUGAAGCCGAACUCCCAAGACACUGUAAAGAGGAAAAAACUGAACAUGGAGUUAGAUGGUGAUGUAAUAAAGGGGCCAAGAACAGCCAGAAAGAGGGUUGCAGUCAUGCAUUGUAUCAAAGGUGAGGACGAAACCAUCAAACCAGACAGCAAAAGACGGGUUGUGUCGACAAGAGCAAACCCAAAGGCAAAAAGUGAACAGAACCAGAUGGUUUGCUCGUUGGAUAAAAACAGCAGUGAGUCACACAAUAACUCAAAGUGCAUAAAAGUGAAGCCCAGCAAUUCAUGCAAAAGACUGCAGACAAAAACAGUUCUUACUAAAUUUGAUGCAAGCAGUGAUAAUGUUCUAGAUGUUGAUGUGCCUGUCCCUGCUGCUGAACAACUUGUAAAAAAGCGCCUAUGUGUGGUCCUUGUCCGUCCUGAAAUGAAGGAACUGCAGCUCGCAACCAAGUGUGGGAAUACAAAUAAGACACAAUUAAAACGUAAAUCGCCGAAGCACACAACUUUAAAUGCUGGAAUGCAGAGCACUUUGGUGUCCACAUCACCACAUGAUCGACUGGAACCCAUGAGCACAGACAUUAACUCCACUCUGAGUGACCAUAGAGAAGAUGCAUCAACCAGAGGAGCGAGCCAACCGUCCAAGAGACUGAAGAAAGGCCUGAGGAGUGCUGUCAAGUUCACAGUCUUAGCCAAAACCGAAGAGAAAACCAAAGAGAGCCAGUCAAAAAGAGGAAGAGGUCAAAUCUCUGUGGGCAGCGUAUUCUUUGAAAUGACACCUUUUGAAGCUCAUCCCGAACUUCUUCAAUCAAAGACACAACUUCCUUUACUCUGUUCUGGAGAGUUGAACAAAGAAGAUAAACUUGUUACAGAAAAGAAACGGAUGAGUUCUGCCUCCACGGCGGUCUCUGAAAUCAGUAACUGUAGUCCUAGACCGAGCAUAAGACAUGUUAACACUAGGCAAAGAAGAUCCGAUAACCAAAGGAGAUGCAAGGUUUUGCACAGUAGGAUUUGUAAAACCGAAGAGGGGUCUAGAUCUAUCACGGUGGAGGAUGCAGAUCUGACUGCAACGCGCUUACGCUCAUCAGAAAACAACUUUUCAAGGCGGCUCUUACGCAGCUACUCAUGCCCUGACGUUCUCAUCCUCCAUCUUGAUGACUCGCCCUGGAUUUCUUCUCCCCAUUCACCAAACCACAAGACACACACAUCGCACCACUACCAUCGCCAGCAUGGUCAUUUCAGUUCCCACGCUCAGAGGUCCCCGAGGCGGGCACGUCGACACACUGUUUGCAGUGUGGAGGUGGAGAGGGAGAUCGCCCCUCUCUGUCUCAGGAAGGAGGUGUACCCAUCCAGGAGAUCUGCCUCCUACGACUCCGUUACCCAUCACCUGUCACCUGCCCACGCUCAUUCCCCCUGCAGCUCCCUCACUGCUCUUGCCUCCUGCUUCCUUUCAAGCCCCCUGGCUUUCCUUUCCAAGAAAUCUGACUGCAGGGGAACCACUGCCCACACCAGUACUUCCAGUCAUGUUCCCUCGCCAACCCCUUCCUCUUUUUCAUGCUCCACCACAUGGCAUUCUCCAGGUUUUGCUUUAGGGUCUAAUUCUGCUGUUUUGGAUUCCAGCAGCAGUGAGAAUUCGACGCCAUACGAGACAGAGAGGAGGCAACGGAGCGAAGAGGAUGAUGAUGGCGAAGACACCAGCUCCUCCAGUCAGGAGUCUGAAGAUGCUGGGAUGAGAGAAGAAAAAGCUCUGUCCGUCUUUGAAAUUAGAGUUGCCAAGAAACACGAAGAACAAAAAAAGGUGUCAUCCAUCAGGAUUCGGAAAACUUUACCAAAACCUCAGACCAACCUGACGCCCAUGGGUCUGCCCAAACCCAUCAGGGUGAAAAAGAAGGAGUUUAGUUUGGAAGAAAUUUACACCAAUAAGAAUUUCAACAAAGCCCCAGAAAGUCGCCUGGAAACCAUAUUCGAGGUGCCUCUCAACCGCAAGAAUGGCUCUGAGUCCUGGUUCGGCCAGAGGCGGGUCAAACGGUUUUUGGAGUUCCUGGAGGUCGGUGAGGUCAGGAAGCCGAAGAAACCUCUUGUUGGAGUUGGGAAAGCAGCUACUUCCUCAUCGAGGCCAAGACGAGGGGGCUUUCCUAAAGAUGAACCGUCCCUCAGCAUUCAGGAUGUGGACUCCCUUCUGUGCUCCAAGCUGGAUCAGUUGAAUUUGUGGCUGAUCCAUGAUCAGAACGAUGACUGAAGAAAGAGUCUGUAGCAGCAGUUGUUUGGCCGCAAAUUAAAAAAACAGGUAAAUCUCUUUCAGUGAGUGCGAUCCUGACACUUCUUUCUUAUAUCGUGUCAGUCCGUGUUAAAAUUUUGUCAUGGAAAGCUCCAGAUAAAUAUAUCAUUUAUAGCAUCUGUAGUCCGCAAGUUGAAGAACUGUACAUCAUAGUACAAAAAUAUCGACUUGGAGACGUUAUUUACACGCAUUUGUACAGAUAAUUACUUAUAAAACAGACUUUUAUUUAUUCAACAGUCAAACUUCUCUGGAGAAAUUUCUCAAAAUCCAAAACAAAUUCUCUCAUUGAUAUUUGUACGGUAAUAUCACACAUUUGUUUAAAAAAAAUCUAAUUCAGAUAGCGUCCGAUUUGUUUUGUCUUGUUCUGAAAUGAAGCAGCGAACGGCUGGUAUUUAUCUCCUUGCAGCAUCAUUCUGAGUUAUAAUGGCAGCUAUGUUUUUUUUUUUUUCCAUUAAAGGCUAUAAAUAACUUUUAAAGAUGCCAGCAAGAGAUUUAUAUUUGUGUGUGUAAAUAGCUUUUUUUAUGUAUAAUCAAAGGAGUUUCCGACAACUUGGACUGCGCUGUAAAAAAGCAUUUUACUCGGCUCAGGGCAGAAACUGAUUAAAUAUUUGAUCAUCAUCUUUUAGCUUUUUUGACCAAUUAAAUACAUGGAGAAGUGGGCAUGUCCACAGCCAAGUUCUUGUUUGUAAUUGAUCCCCCAGAUCGUUUUGUUUUGUACAUAUAUGCAUUAUAACUGUAGACAUUUCUCUGUUUCGUUGUUGUAAAUGAGGUUGCCUUAACUGUAAAACUUCUUUGAAUGUGUGCUUUCUAAUGCUGUUGUCAGAAUACAUUGACCAACUCCGAACUUAAAAACAUGUUUUAUUAUAAAAUAUUUUGUAUGUUUUUGUAUAAAAGUACAACACAUGUAUACAUUUAAUAAAAAUAUAGGUAAAGUAACAAUGCAAUAAUGCCAAGAUGUUGGCACA